AUGAUGGAACAGAUCAGUGAGGGAAUACUGGAAAAAGUGACAGAAAAACCUACGGGAGAAAUUGUUCAUUACAUUCCUCAUCAAGCUGUAAUCAAAGAAAAUGCCGAGUCAACAAAAAUGCGAGUUAUUUAUGAUUGUUCAGCAAAAAAAGAUGCUCAAUCACCUUCAUUAAAUGAUUAUCUAGUAGUGGGACCUUCGCUGCAACCUCUAAUAUUUGACAUUAUAAUACGAAAUAGGAUGAACAAACUCUGCGUUUUAGCUGAAAUUAAGAAAGCAUUUCUACAAACCCAAAUUCAAGAUAUGGAUAGAAACGCACAGCAAUUAAUUUGGUAUGAAGACUUAAAGAAAAUGAAAUUAAUGAAGUUACGAUUUACAAGAGUAAUUUUUGGUUCCAGUUCAAGUCCUUACAUUCUCGGCGCUACGAUUAAAAAACAUAUAUCAAAAUCCAAGGAUAUUUAUCCAAAGACAGUAGUUGCUUUGGAAGAAGAUACUUUUGUCAAUGAUCUGCAAGCGUGUGGAGAAAUGGAAAAAGAACUUAUCAGGUUUAAAUAUGAAUCAACACAAAUCUUGAACGAAGCUGGUUUUCAGUUGCACAAAUGGCAUACCUACGUGAGAGAAUUAGAAAAUAAUGUUGAAGACAAAUCAACUAAAAUACUUGGACAUCCUUGGAACAAGGAAACAGAUCAAUUGUCAAUUGAAUUAACUACUUGCAUCAAUAACGGAAAUAAAGAAAAUUUAACAAAAAGAAAAAUUCUAUCUGCAAUCAACAGUGUUUUUGAUGUAUUAGGAUUUAGAGCACUUGUGUUAAUCACUGGAAAAAUACUGUAUAGUCGACUAUGCUUAUCAAAAAUUGGAUGGGAUUAUUAA